AUGAUGAGUUUCUCCUUGUGUUCCAGAGAAGAAAGUCAGGUUAUAGAUUUUGAACAGCAUGAGGUGUCCAGUGAUGAAUACUCCAGGUUUGUGCUGACGGGAGGUUCUGUUACACUGGAUAUACAGACUGAUAAACUGCAACAGUUUAAUGCAUUGGUCUGGAUGAAUGAUAAAUCCGAAAAUAUAGUGCGUUUUACAAGGGAGCCUAGAGUUAUGAAACCUUACAGUCCAUAUGAGAAUAGAGUGGAGUUCAAUACUGACACCUUCUCUCUAACACUGAAGAACAUGCAGAAGACUGACAGAGGAGUCUACAGAGUUCAAACAACUAGAGAAAAUGAGACGCAUGUUGCGGAAUAUGAAGUAUCUGUUAUAGAUGCAGUGGAGGCUCCUGUCCUGACUGUUGUCUCUAACUGCUCCAGCAAUGACUCCUGUACUAUGAACGUCACCUGUAGAGGUCAUGACCUCACCCUCAGCUCUACCUUUCACAAUUACAGGUGCUCUCAUGUGGAAAUUGCAUCCUUCGGCAUUAUCACACUCAUCCUGCAUUUCACUGAGGACUCCAUCAUCUGUAACCAUAGCAACCUCAUCAGCUGGAAGAGUGAAACAAAAGAUACCGAACAACUUUGUUCCCUACAUGAAAGUGCAGCAGUGUCUCCCCCUGCUGGUGUGUCUCUGUGUCUGCUGAAGACAGUGCUGUUCUCUGUAUCCCUGGUGAUCAUGAUGUCUGCAGUCAUCACUGUUCAUAUCAGAGAAAAACUUAGAAGAUCUUAAUCUCUCUUUCUCUCUCACACACACACACACACACACACUUGUUUUUGUUUUUUUAUAAUGGUGGAGAUUUCCAUUGACUUCUAUUGUGUUUUUAUACUGAACUAAUACUAUUUUUAAUCUAACUAUACCCCUAAAACUACCCCAAAUGAAAAACUUUUUGAAAAUGUAUUAAGUCAUUAUUUAGGAUGUUUAUUAAGUUGUUUUUGUCAUAUGGCCCGUUGGCUGGUGACUAUAAUGUAGGUAGGCGAUUUGAUCUAAAUGAGGACAUACCAUACAUCAUUAUUGUUUUAUAUAAUGCUAAACCAAACAGUUAUUUAAAAGAUCUGCAUGUCAAAAUGAUAUGCAUGAAAAUGAUACUGGGUUAUUUCAGGGAAGCUGACUCACUUUCAUGUGAUGUGUUCUGCUUUCAUGUGAAUUUGCAUUGAGUAAUGCUGUGACCAAAAGAAAAAAAAAAAAAAGCUCAACAUUUGUCAAUAGUUUCUUUGGUAAUAAUCACAAUGUCCGCUAAGCACAGAAGUAUACUUUUUAAUACUACUAUGAGACUUUUAAAUACUGUUUUAGUCGCUUGCUUGUCU